CACAGUCAUAUUCUUCACCAGGACUCAGUGCACAGCUCCUGUCGUGCAGACACUCUCACGAAUACAACUCUGAACCCUCCUCUACUACCUGACCACACAGACACAGGCAGCCCAUCUUUACAACAACCGUGACAGCAGCAGCAUUCCAGCAGUCUGUCUUGCCUCUGUUCAGACAUGUCGCUGUACAGUUUUGGACUGGACCCGCUAUCCUGCCAUGCCUGGAACAAAGAUAGGACCCGUAGAGAUUGCUGUGAGUCCUAACAACAAUGCGGUGAACAUCUAUGAAAAAAAUGGCAAAGACUGGGUCAAGAUCCACGAGUUGACCGAGCACAGCGGACGAAUCACAGGCAUAGACUGGGCCCCGCAGUCUAAUCGCAUAGUGACAUGUGCCUCCGACCGCAAUGCCUAUGUGUGGACCCUGAAGGAUGGUGUCUGGAAACCUACCUUAGUCUUGGUACGCAUCAACCGUGCAGCCACAUGUGUGAAGUGGUCCCCACUGGAGAACAAGUUUGCCCUGGGCAGUGGAGCCCGUCUUAUCUCUAUUUGCUACUUUGAGCAGGAAAAUGACUGGUGGCUGAGUAAACACAUCAAGAAGUCAAUUUGCUCUACAGUGCUGAGUCUGGACUGGCAUCCCAACAACAUUCUACUGGCAGCAGGGUCUGCAGACCUUCACUGCAGGAUUUUCUCAACCUACAUCAAGGACAUUGAGGAGAAGCCCGGGCCCACUUCCUGGGGGGCCAAGAUGCCUUUUGGGGAGAUGAUGCUGGAGCAUAAAGACUGUGGUGGGUGGGUACACAGUGUUUCUUUCUCUCCCAGUGGAGACCAGUUGGCCUGGGUGGCUCACAACAGCAGCAUCAGUGUCGCUGAUGCCACACAGGGGAAGGAGGUAACCCAGCUGACCAGUGACAGUCUGCCACUGCUGAGUGUCCUCUAUAUCAGCCCUACUGAGAUUGUUGCUGCGGGACAUGACUGUUGCCCCUACCAGUACACGUAUAAAGGUCCACACUCUCUGGAGUUUGUGAAGAAGCUUGAUAUCCCAAAGCAGACCUCCAAAGGGAAUAUGUCAGCAAUGCAACACUUUCGCAACCUGGACAAAAAGGCCACUGAGGAGGACACCAGUGACCUGGACACACUUCAUCAAAACAGCAUCACGCAGCUGCGUAUUGUAUCACUGGACAAAGCCAAAGUUGUGCAGUACAGCAGCGUGGGUCUGGAUGGAGCUAUGGUGAUCUGGGAUUUUAAGGCCUGACUCCACAUUUGUCCUUGAGCUGAGUCAGAGUAUCAAACACAUCCUUGGUUCAUUCAUUCAUCUGUGUUUUCCAAUAACUGGGAAAUGCUGUUAGCACAUGUGAUUUGUGAUAUUUGACAAAAAAAAACAAAUUGUUUACAAAAAUAAAUGGGUAAUGUAAUGUCUGUUGUGGAUCCACUGUGCUUUACAUAACUUACUCUGCCGGUACAUAUGGAGGUCAGUGUAGCUAAUCCUGUGUUACGGCUGGUUCUCAUGUUUUUGGCACAAACUGGACUCUAAAUUCAGACCCAGCACACCAGAAGCAAGUUUAAAAGAACAAACAGGAGACUGGUAUGGCAAAACUGACUGUGGGAACUAAAGCAGAAGCUCAUUUGAGUGAGGAGAAACAAUGGUAGCUGGGACUGGGAAGAGUGUGGAAGACUUGCUAAACUGUUUUGGGUACAUCUGGUUAUCUCACUUGAGGGAAUUCCAGAACAGAAACUUUGGAGGGAUCUGAGGAGAGCACACAGGUUUCCAGACAGGGAGAGUGAAUAAGCUGUUGAGUUCUAGGUAAUACGGUCAUAAAAGCCCCAUAAUACUGGCUGCAAUCUCGUUGCACCCACAACACAUGCUUGCUGUGUUGCGGGUGUCUCACACCAAUGUUGACGUCACAUCACAUGUCACGCAAUUAGAAACUUACCUUCACUCUAGUUGGAUACCUUCAAGUGGGGAUGUUCUGGUGACUAAUUUCUAACCAUGGAAAAGAAUGAGACUAAAUGAGUAGUCUAUAACUAAGAGACACUCAGAUAUAUAUUUUUUAUAACUCAAUUUGUAUUAUAAUUUACAACCUUGCAACUUAUACUUGUCAAUGUUCACAAGUUGAACAGAUACAGGAACAGGGAACAAUGUAGAAGUACAAGUUAAAAUAAAAUAAAAGCAAAAAACAAAACAAAAAAAGAAAAACACACUUCACAUGAUAUUAAAAAAGAUGUGACCUUAGCCCCGACACAGGUCCUGAAAGCUCUGAAAAAGGUGAAUCCCUGCAAGGCUGUGGGACCCGAUGGAGUUCCUCCCAGAGUACUCAAGGCCUGUGGGGAACAACUAGCUGGUGUGCACACUGAUAUCUUCAACCUGUCACUAUCCCAGGCAGUAGUCCCAUGUAUUUUUAAAUCCUCUAUCAUCAAACCAGUUCCCAAAACACUGGACACUUCCGCCCUGAAUGACUUCAGGCCAGUGGCACUCACACUAGUCGUCAUGAAAUGUCUAGAAAAAAUGGUUCUCACACACAUCAAUCAUAUGGUCCCAGACACUAUUACACCCCCUCCAGUUCACAUACUGUACCCAUUGAUCAGUUGAUGAUCCAACAGCAAUAGCCCUGAACCAAACUCUGCAACACCUGAGAAGUAGCAGAAUGUAUGUCAGGAUGCUCUUUCUGGACUACAGCUCUGAUUUCAACACCAUCCCCCCAGGCAAGCUGAUCGAGAAACUGACAGACCUCAGCAUCCCGACUGUAACUGGAUUCUGGACUUUUUCACAGACAGACCACCUACGUACACCGACAACUGUGUCUCCACCCAGGAAAACUCCAUCGUCAACCUCAUCCUUAACACGGACAAGACCAAGGAAUUAAUAUUGGACUUCAGGAAGAACCCCCCUCCACUGCAGCCUCUUAUCAUCAAAAGGACAGCGGUGGAGAGGGCCAACGGCCACAGAUUCCUGGGACUGCAGGUUACAUAGGACCUGAGCUGGACUCUCAACACCACAGGAACAGUGAAAAAAGCUCACCAAAGGCUUUAUUUCAUUUGGAUGCUCAGGAAAGCCAGCAUGAACCACCACCCUCUCACCCAGGCCUACAGAGGGCUGAUAGAGAGCAUCCUAACUGCAGGCAUCACUGUCUGGGAACACCACACAGGCAAAGAGUCAUAAAGUCUGCAGAGAGCAUCAUAGUGACAAAACUUUCAUCCAUGGACUCUCCGUACACACAGCCGGAAAAGAGCAGAGGGAAUUAUCUGGGACUCAUACCAUCCAGCCCACUCUCUGCUCACACACAAAAACUGCACAUACAAACUGAGACACAACAGAGCGGACAGGAUCAUCACACACAGAACAAGAUUCUUCAGCAGCUUCUUCCCUGCCAAAGUCAGACUGAUGGCAAAACAAAAAAACACUGAACACUUAAAAUAACACAGCACUGCCUCACCCGACUUCAAAUAUACGAUUGGAUAAAUCACUGACUAAUGUGCAAUAUACUCACUGAAACAGAUUUGUGAAACAGAUUUGUGAAAAUGUGCAAUAUUAUGCGUGCAAUACCAGGAAGUGUAUUACCACCCUCUCUGUACAGUGUUUUUGUAUGUAGUAAAUACGAUAUGGUUGCUC